GGAACAACGGCGGAGUUAACUGCUAAUCCACGCUACUAAUUUUUUUGUUUGGUGAGUUUUUUCCUAAAUCGGCUAUGAACUGUAGCUAAUCACCCCCAAAAUACCCUAUAUAUACACCAAAAUACUCCAAUUUUGAGCUUUGAAGAAGAGCUGUAUUCAAGUUUAUUCGGAUCCGUUUGUGAAAUCGAGAGGAUGGGCGUGUGCGGGUCGAAGCCGAAGGGAUGCGUGGGGAUGAAGGGGAAGUUGAAUUUGCAGAAGAAGCGGAAGAAGCAGAGAGCGGGAAGAGUUAAGAAGGCGCAUUCUGCGAAUAAUCGGCAUCGCGUCGAGCCUUCAAAUCAGAAGGAUGUUUCUUUCACCAAUCCCUCUUUUCAAGGAAGUAGUGAGGCAUGGUUCGAUCCUGAUGGAUUGAUUGAUUCUGAUGGAGAAGAUGAAUUUUAUAGCGUUCAAGACGAUGCAUCCCAAGCUGGAUCGCUGUCUAAUGUGGUUACUCCGAGGAUUUCCAACCAAGUGAUCGAUUCGCAGCUUACCUCGGAUGAUGUGAGGAAUCCGGAGGAUGAGAGUGGUGGGAGGGGCGAGGCCGGGGGGAUGCAUAGCUGUGGGUUCCUAUCGAAUGCCUUGCUCCCUUGUCUCGCUUGUGAUGAGUCCUUGGACGGGAAGAAGAAGGUAGACGAGUCUGUGGAUGGGAAGAAGAAACUGCAGAGUGUGGUAGGCUCGAGCACGAAGAAGAAGAUGUCUUUCACCCAAUCUUUUAAAUGGAAAGAAGGGCAUGAAAACGCGGUUUUAUCGAUGGGAAAGCCCGUCAUACAAAGACCAAUAGCCGGCUCACAGAUUAUGUGUUCGCCAUUAGAGAAGAAAAUAGCAGAGUCUUGGUCAAGGAUUGAGCCAAAUACCUUUAGAGUCCGUGGACGAAACUACAUCAGGGACAAAAAGAAAGAACCUGCUGCAAAUUAUGCUGCAUAUAUUCCUUUUGGAGUGGAUGUCUUUUUAUCUUCUCAGAAAAUUGAUCACGUCGCUCGAUUUGUAGAACUCCCUUCUGUUGACUCGCACGGAGAAGUCCCCACUCUUCUCGUUGUUAACCUUCAGAUUCCACUUUACCCUGCAACGCUUUUCCAAAACGAAUAUGACGGGGCAGGGAUGAAUUUUGUUAUCUAUUGCAAGCUUUCAGACAAGUACGCAGAAGAUCUCCCACUUCAUUUUCGAGAAAAUCUCAAGAAAAUAAUUGCCAAUGAGACCGAGAGGAUUAAGGGUUUUGCGCUAGACACGAAAGCACCAUACAGGGAAAGAUUAAAGAUUUUGGGCAGAGUGAUGAAUGUUGAUGACCUUCAGUUAAACUCAGCAGAGAGGAAACUUAUGCAUGCUUACAACGAGAAGCCAGUCCUUUCGCGACCUCAACACGAGUUUUACUUGGGAGAAAACUACCUAGAGAUCGAUUUGGAUAUCCACAGAUUCAGCUACAUUGCUCGGAGAGGAUUUGAAACGUUUCAGGACAGACUCAAGCACUGUGUGUUCGACUUUGGUCUGACAAUUCAGGGAAACAAACCAGAGGAUCUACCGGAGAACAUGCUGUGCUGUCUACGGUUGAAGGAAAUUGACUACGCAAACUACUGCCAACUUAGCUUCUGAUGAGGUAACGCUUACCUCAGUACAUGGAUAUCUAACCUAUGAGGCCCGGAAAUUAUUCUUCGACGUGUGCUGCUGAUGUCUGCAUUUCAAGAUGUUGGUGGUGCUGAUACAUGAGCAAGUGUACAGAUAUAUAUUGUAUUGAAUUACAAUAUAAUUUUGUUCAAAUUACACCCUCCUGAAUUCUAGGGUUGGGUAUUCAUGUUGUAAUUCUAGUAAUCUCAUUCAUAUUCAUAUGUUGAGCUUUUUAUCACAUUGUCUUGUUGUAAUUCCCAUAAAUAAAAAAGACAAAGGACCGACGGUCCUACAUUUUUUUUUCA